CAUUUUUUAGUACACAUUAAUUUUUACCAAAUUCCGUUGAAACUUCAAACAAAGACUUUAGUCUGCGUGCAAGACCCAGUUAUUCAUGGAGUGGGUGAAAAGAAAGAUAAGGUUCUUGAAAAGGAGGAAUGAGAAAUUGAAAUUAUCGCCUUGGUAUAUGGAAAAUGGAGGCAAGCUGUUAGAAGGUCUUAUUGCUUCCUCUAAUGGCAAGUAUAACAUUCCUUAUCGCGUCUUUACCGUUGAAGAACUUAAUAAAGCAACAGACUUCGAUUUCACUAAGUCAAUAAAUUAUAUUUCCAGAUCUGCUAUGUGGGAUGGAACGGGCUAUUACAUCAGCGGCAUUUUUCAGCAACGGUCCAUUCUGGUGAAGAAGUUCCACGCAUAUGCUAAAGGAGACGGAGCUGCGUCCUAUGCUGUCAACGACAUUGUAUACACGGUGCAGAUGAACCGCCACAAAAAUGUUUUGAAGAUAUUGGGUUGCUGCUUAGAUUUGGAAAUACCUGCUAUUAUCUAUGAAAUCGGGAUCAAUUAUGGACUUCUGUAUGACCUUCUUUGUGGAAGAAACUUCGGGAAUAAUAUUGGUAGAUCACUCUCUUGGAGUAAUCGACUAAAAAUUGCAACAGACGUUGCAAAUGCUGUUGCUUAUCUUCAUACAGCAUUUCCCACACCUAUCAUCCAUAGAGAUCUAGGCACAAAAAACAUUGUCAUAGACAAUAAUGGUGUUGCUAAGCUUGUCGAUUUCUCACUCUGCGUAGCAUUGCCUCCAGGAGAAUCACAGGUGGAAGUAGAUAUUGUUGUUGGGACUAAAGGACAUCUUGAUCCUGACUACAUGACAACAGGCAUUAUCACAGAGAAGGGUGAUGUCUACAUGUUUGGAAUUAUUCUCCUUGAACUCUUAACUGGUCGUUACUCUUUCUUCAAUGUAGAUGAUGAAUAUCCUUCUUUAUGGAAUUUUGCAGAACACCACGUUGAGAAGAAUGAGUUGAGUAAAAUUUUGGACCCAAUUAUUUUAGAGGAGAUAGGCGAAAUAGAGCAUCAAUUGCAGGCUUUCUCGAGACUUGCUUUGAGAUGUAUUCUUGACAGAGGAGCAGAUAGGCCAUACAUAAUCGAUGUGGCAAAAGAACUAGUAAGGAUUCAGAGGUCUGCUCAUCCCACUCAGAGGAGCAGCAGAUAAGCCAUAUCAUCAAGAUAUUAUGUUGUUGGAUAAAACGCUUUCUAGCUUGUGUUAAUUUGUUAUUUUGUUUGGGUAAAACACUUGAUGCUUAUUAGUAAUGUAUGAACGUUUACUCAAGAUAAGCAGUAGACUUGUGAAAGAUCUGAGCACGAAACUUAUGAUCUUGUUUGCUGAUGUUUUCCAUUAUGGAAGUGUUGUCCAUAACAAUGGUUUAUGAUAAGAUUUUGUUAUAAUGAUGCA